ACGACUUGCGUUUGUAUCCGAUUUCCGAAUCAAUACAGUCAAGUUGUUGGUGGGAGUUGUAAAAUAUAAACACACGUUCGCCCAGACUGCAGACAGGCCGUGUGUAUAGCAAACAAGACAAACCCCCUUUACAUGGAUGAGAAACUUUUGUAGUUUGUGCUGGGUUCUUUUGGUUGCUUGGUCCAAUAAAUCUCCUGAGUCAACACCUAACGCCUACAUGUACUGUACAACACUCGGGGUACCACCAAACAUUUGUAUGUGAGGACAAUGUCACCCGGCAACUUCCGAGCUGUUGGGAAGUCCUCGCAUAUUGUAGGCGCUGCAGACACACCCCCACAACCCCCCCAGUCCGGGUCUAUGGAUAGACUGAGGACCGCUGACAGAAGCCCCCAUGUGAAGCGAGAGCCGCAUCUGGCUACCAGUGGAGCCAAGAAGAUCGAUAGAGCCUCCAGUGCUAAAUCUCUAAAACAAUCAGAAAAGCAACUCACUCCCGCCAACUCCCCGCCCUCAACCAACCCACCGCCCACGAAAGCGUGGGAGGAGUUCCACUCGCAGCUAAAUGCGAUCGGUGACUACAACCCCAUCAGAGUUAAAACUCGACAACAACGUGAAAUCGGCGGUAGUACAGAGUUCCAGGCCGUCAUGGCUGAACUGUUUCAAAGCAAACAGCGGGAGCGCCAGGCCACGCCCUGUGACCGGCAGGCACGAGGCAUGCAGGAAGGAGGCUCCAACAUCAACCCUUACACGCUUCGCUUUCUGGGGAAAGUCAAGACGAACCGAAGAGCUCUGAAUCAAGGGAAAGAACCUGCGAAACGGGAAACAAAAACAAACUCGCGGGUGGUGGAAAAUGCUCAGAGAGGCUGGAGAAUCCUACGAGCGCAUGUGCGAGACAUGGCGUUUCAAAGACGUCUGUCUCGUCCAAAACUCAACUGGGACAUUCUGAACUACACCAUGCACGAGAUGACGCACUGGGAACGUAGGCGCUACGAGCUGUACCAGCGCUACGGCGUCGUGCCAAAGGUCAUGGAGGAUGGUACUGUUGUCAAGGAAAACACGAUGCUAAGCGACAAGUUGAAGUCCGCCAUGGCUGGCCAGGCGGACAGGCCGGAAAUCAAACCGAGAAAUUCUAAAAAUAGUAGCAACGUAUCCAACAGAAGGAGACUAUACAAAUCCUAUAGCUGGCACACGUAGACGCUCAACAAACAGCUUGAAUUUAUCGAAGGUGGACAGUCAUAGCCUAAUAAUACAGGUCUAACCACGUAUACUACUUAUUUACA